UAGUAAGAAAGAACACAGACCUAACUCUCUCUCUUCCCCCCAAGCCAAUCUCUUCCAUUGUUUAUUUGCAGCACCACACAUCUUCCCUCUCUCUCUCCUGAGGAUGUCUGUCUCUUUAUUCUUGAAGAAGAACAGAAAAAGUCUUCCUUUUCAAUUCAUCCCUCUUUAGUCUUACACCACACAUCCUCCUUUUUCCUGCGCUAAGCUAAAGAGAUAAAGGUUUUUCUUUCUUUCUUAGUCAUCCAUACUUUUUAUGUUACAAAUCACUCUUUAUUUUUGUUCUUCCUUCGUUUUCUAUUUCAAGAAGUAGAAUAAAACUAACUUCAAAAGUCACAGAGUCACAGCUAUUUGUGUGUGUGUGUGUUUCUCAUGAAUUCUAAUUAAGUGGAGGAGGUUUCACUUUAUUGUUUAAUUUAGAACCAAAACAGCUAAGCUUGAGAGUACUUCUUCUGAGAAUAAAAAUGUCUAGAAAAGAGAUUUUUGAGGAACCCUCUUUGCAUCAGAUUCCUGAUCUUUCACUGCACAUAAGCCCUCCAAGCAGUGCCCCUUCCUCAAUUUGCACUGGCACCAAUGAUGCCGAUUCCAGCUUCGAUAUAUGGCGCAAAGAUGAAAGUCUAAAAUCCUACAGUGACGGUUCCAUUAGAGGCACCGAGCUCUCUUUAUCCAACCCCAUAAACGAUUUGGAGGCUGAGAGUCGAUGGAGAAGAAACUUCAGCUCUGUUAGUAGGGAAGAAGUUCAAGCAAGGCAUAUUAUAAAUCAUGGGAUUUCACUGCUUGAUGUUCCUGAUGGAGUCAAAGCCAUAAAAGGAAUUCCAUUGUACAACAACAACAACAAUUAUUCGUUCCCUUUUUCAACUUUGGAUCAUUUCAAAGAGAUGGAUCCUAAGUUUUGUUUCAACCAAAUGGCAUAUCCAUCUUCUUCUUCUUCGCCUUCCUUUAGGCCUUGUGGUAUAGGGGGUUUUGAACCCAUGUCAAGGUAUAAUGGGAUAACCAUGGAGACACUAAGACCCCAACAGAUUCAGUAUUUGCAACAACAACACCAAUAUGGGGUUGGGGCCUCGGAUUACUCAAAUGGGUUUAUGAGAUCAAGAUUUAUGUCAAAGCUGCCGAGUAAGAGGAAUAUGAGGGCACCAAGAAUGCGGUGGACAAGUUCUCUUCAUGCCCGUUUUGUUCAUGCUGUGGAGCUACUUGGUGGCCAUGAAAGGGCUACUCCAAAGUCAGUUUUAGAGCUAAUGGAUGUCAAAGAUCUUACACUUGCUCAUGUGAAGAGCCAUUUACAGAUGUAUCGAACUGUUAAGAACACUGACAAAGCUGCUGCUUCCUCAGAUGGAUCUGGAGACGAAGAUAAUUUCUUGGACACAACACCAGCCCUACAUCAAAAUGAGAACUGUUUACUGAAUCAAAGAAGAGCUUCAAAUGCAGCUUUAGAGCAUGAAAUUGGGUACCCAUCUAAUCUAUGGAGUAACCCUUCCAGUGGAGGAGCAUGGGUGCAAGCCAGCUCAAGGAAUAUGGACAGACUAAGACUAGAAACGCUGUCAUUUCAACAAAGAUCUGGAAACCAAAUUGAGGGAAGUGAUGAUUCUGCUCAAUCAAAAAACUCCAAGGGGUCAAGUUUAAACCCCAAAAAUCCAAGCUUGGAGUUCACUUUAGGGAGACCCGACUGGCAAAGCAAAGAACUUUGACUAAUUUAAUUAGUUGGUAGUUUCCCAGAAGUGAUAUAUUUAGGUACAGUUAGUGAAGCACUAAAAGAAAUCACUCUUAUAAGUUUUUGGUAUAUCAUCUUGUAUAAAUUCCAUGCUUGUACA